AUGCCUCUAAAAGCUUUAUCUCCAAUCACUGCACACGCCUCCCAAGAUUCGAAGCUCACGCUCCCAUUGAGCUGCGAUCCCCCGUCAGAGCAGAAUCCCCCUCAACAACGCGUCUGGGUCGUCUUUGGAGCAAGCGGCCACAUCGGUCGCUCUAUCGUCAGAGCCGUUCUCGCGCAUGGUGACUUGGCGACUGCAGUGGGCAAAACGAAUGAAGAUACGUUAGACUCCCUAAAUAAGGCAAUUCGGCCGUACCAACCAAGCUAUGCUGCCAUCUCCUCAAAUCUACCAUCCUUCUCCACCCUGACUCAGCCGUUCACUCCAACGCCCAACAUCACCAAGAGUGAAGAUCAUUCCCAAGAGAAAGUCAAGAUCGACAGUGGAAAUAGUUGCCUGUUUCUGCUCUGCGAUGUGCGCGUACGCUCCAGUGUCGAUGUCAUCUUCCAGAGGAGCCUAGAGCAUUGGGGUAGAUACGAUAUAGUGGCCAAUUGCGCAGGAUAUGGUGUCAUUGGGGCUUGCGAAGACCAAGACGAAUGGGAAAUCAGGAAUCAGUUUGAGGUGAACUUCUGGGGGGUUAUGAACAUCGUUCAAUCGAGUCUGCCUUACUUCCGAGGAAGAGGACAAAAAGAGAGGGACGCCCCUCAGUCUCCAGGGCUCAAUGAACAUCACAGACAGGGUGCGGGAGCUGAUGGAGAUGGAGAUGAUGAUUAUGGAGGAAGAUAUCUGAUUUUCAGCUCUACGAGUGGGGCGCUGGGGGUUCCGGGGCUAGGACCUUAUUGUGCUACGAAGUAUGCUGUCGAGGGGCUGGUGGAGAGCUUACUUUAUGAGACGUCAAAUUUUGACAUCAGAGCUACAUUGGUCGAGCCUGGACAUGUCAGGCGAGAUGACACUGGAGGGGUCGUCAAUGGCAUUGGAAUUUCGGACAAUGCUGGGGUAGAAUUGGUACCCAGUGCGAAGAAAAGGAGUUCGAAAGAGAAAUCUAGUGCUGAUCCUCCACCGUUUGGACAUUUUUCGAUUCUUCAGCCCCCAUCGUCCUCGGCCUAUGCGUCUCCAACUAGCCCUGCGCAUCAUGCAAAAAGAGUUCUGCAGUGGCUAGGUGAGAAGCAGCCAACAAGCGCUGUUAAAGCUGCGGAACUAGUAUGGCAGCUAGGACAAUGUAGGUACCCUCCCCUUAGGCUCCUACUAGGUGCAUUUGCGGUUGAGUCCGUGAGAGAACGCAUGAGAGGUUUGACUGAAGAGAUCGAAGAUUGGAGAGGGCUAAAUUUUGGAGAAGGAGAUGGCGAGGCCAAAGAAGGAAGAAGAGAUUCUACGAAAAGGGGUAAAGAUAUGAAAGACAGGGCCCUGGAAGACGGUGAGGGAGAAGAGGACGCGGAUGCAGAUGGGGAUGGAGAUGAGGAUAUCAAGAUGGAGGAUGUUGAAGACUACCAUCUGGAGAAUCAAAAAGAAAACGAACACGGCUGA